GGGGCUUGGGUGUAGCCAUUUUUGUGAGGGGCAGCGCCAACUUCGCGUCUGUCUGAGCGGCUUAAAGGGACAGUGACUCAAUUUUUCGAGAUAACGAGUCCAGGUAGCUCCCAGGGAUGCCUCCACUUUCUCAAGACCCUUCGCCAAAGGUUCCGAGUGUCCUGGGACUGCACUCGCAAUCAGUGCAACAGGGACUAUUUUUAGGGCCAUAAGGCCUGGGUUGUAUGGGUCAGUGGAGUCCUAUAAGGGGAGAGGCUCAGGGGUUCAGAUAUCAUGGGUUCAAAUCCUCCCAGGGCCAACUCAGCCCUUCAUCCUUCCAAGGUGGAUGAACCGGGUAUCCGAUGGCUCACCGUGUGCAAGUAUUUCGGAUAAGAGAAUCAAGGUUGUGAUCUACAUGGAUCCCAGGGCAGCUUUCAGUAGAGCCAGGGUUUGCAGCAACACUCUUGGCUGAAGUAUUUCCUCUUCCGUAUGCCAGCUGCUGCCCUUCUUCCAGAAGUGGCUGCACUUCACUGGUGCUGUACACAGGUUUAGGUUGUGCUCCCUUUAAAGUCAAUGGAAGUUUUGCAAUUUACAUCAGCCUUAGUUCCUUCAUGAGCUCUAGACGAAAUCCGAAGUGCAGAUCAUCGGUGGAGGCAAACAUUUAUUUAUUUUGAACUCUCAUAAGUCUUUCCCAACAGCGCUCCAGAGCUCAGCUCCGCCCAGGAAGUCACAAGAGGAGCUGAAGCAAUCAGAAAGUGGGGAAUGAGAAUGAAGGAAGACUAGGAGAGUUGUGCUUAUGUGCUGAGCUGUGCAGAGUAAGACAGGAGUUUAUCUCUCUAGGACUGGAGUCAGUGGCUGCAGUGGCAUGCUCAGGAGAUCUGGACUGUCUCUGGGUCAGUACUUUCUGAGAAGGAAGAACCGUGCUAGAUUUAGCUGGUACCUCAACAAGACAAAAAUGUCAAGGCCGGUUCAAGCUCGAAGAUUGGAAGGAGUGGACAAGAACAUCUGGGUGGAAAUUGUGAAACUGGCUGCCACUUACCCAAAUGUGAACCUUGGCCAGGGCUUCCCUGACUUUUCCCCGCCAGACUUUGUGAAGGAGGCGUUUGUGAAGGCCGUCAGUGGGGAGAACAUCAUGCUGCACCAGUACACCCGGGCCUUUGGACACCCAGCGCUGGUGACGAACCUGGCCCGCUUCUUUGGAAAGCUGCUAGGGCAAGAACUUGACCCUAUGACCAAUGUGCUGGUGACGGUCGGGGCAUACGAAGCCCUUUUCUGCUGUUUCCAGGCUCUGGUUGAUGAAGGCGAUGAGGUGAUUAUCAUUGAGCCAUUCUUUGACUGCUACGAGCCAAUGGUGAAGAUGGCUGGGGGCACUCCUGUGUUCGUACAACUGCGAUCAAAAGCUGCAGAAGCCGGAAAACUGAUGUCCAGCGGAGACUGGCAGCUGGAUCCAGCAGAGCUGGCUUCCAGAUUUACCAAACAAACCAAAGCCAUCGUUUUGAACUCACCCAACAACCCCCUGGGGAAGGUGUUCACCAGGGAGGAGAUGGAGCUCAUCGCAGACCUGUGCAUGAAACACGAUGUCCUGUGCAUCAGUGAUGAAGUGUACGAAUGGAUGGUCUAUGAUGGGAAGGAGCACAUCCGGAUUGCCAGCUUGCCGGGCAUGUGGGAUCGCACGAUAACCAUUGGGAGUGCUGGCAAAACCUUCAGCACCACAGGAUGGAAGGUUGGCUGGACUUUGGGGCCCGAUCGCCUUCUGAAACACCUCAGAACUGUCCACCAGAACUCUGUGUAUCACUGUCCGACAGCGGCUCAGGAAGCAGUGGCUCAGGCAUUCCAAAGAGAGUUAGACAACUAUGGGAAGCAAGACAGUUAUUUUGUCCAGCUGGCUCAGGAGCUGCAGCAGAAGCGGGAUUGGCUAGUCCGGAGCCUAGUUGCCGUGGGCAUGAAACCCAUUGUCCCUGAGGGCACCUACUUCCUGAUGGCAGACAUCUCAGAGUUCAAAAGUGAAGUACCUGACCUCCCAGACUCUGAUGAACCCUACGACUCUCGGUUUAUUAAGUGGAUGAUUAUAAACAAGGGUUUAGUUGCCAUUCCAGUCUCCGCUUUCUACAGCACUCCACACAAGAGGAAUUUUGACCAUCUCAUCCGCUUCUGCUUUGUGAAGGAGGAAGCUACGCUGAAGGCAGCAGAAGACAUACUGCAACAAUGGAGUCUGGAGAAAACCGGCCAGUGAAUGCUUUGGACAGAAUACCAGGCAGGCUCACCUGCACUCUGCCCUGAUCUGGUGCUAUGUCCUGCUCUCCUUGAUGCAGCUAUCGUGGCUACAGAUUCUUUGCUUACUGUCUUUAUUUUAAUGCUUUAUUGCAUCAUUGGAUUUCGGUCACCUUCUCUAUCAUGCACAUGGGCAAGAGGUUUGUCAGCCCUCAGGGCUUCUCAUUGCUGUCCAGUAGCGAAAAGGUUUUACUGUUCCUUGGGACUUGUGAGCCUGUAUAUACACCGGCAAAACUUUAUUUCCUCUUUUUACUUUCAAAAGCUUCACUGACUUAUUCAUCCUGGGUUCCCUGCAGCUAAAAAACAAGGCAAAAAUAGUUGCUGGGCUCCCCCUCCUGCCCCAUAACAUUCUCCAUCUGCUCUGGUCAUCAAUAAUAUUUUACCUUGAAUGCAGAGGGGCUGCAUUGACACUGCUGAAUUACAGACAAUGGCCCAAUUCUGCUCUUACGCCAUUGCAAUUCUGCUGAAGCUAUGGAGGUUGCUAUAUCUACACUACGCACCAUUUAGCGACACAGCUGUGCCACUAAAAGGUGCACAGUGUAGCUGCUCUUUAUCAGUUGAAGAGCUAUCCCGCCGACAAAUGACUUCCACCCGCAAGCAGCGGUAGCUUUGUUGGCAGAAGAGCUCUCCUCCCCCCAAAGCACUGUUUACACCAGCACUUUUCAUCGGUAAAACUUUUGUUGUGCAAGGGUGGGGGUGGGGGUUUUCACACCACUGAAUGACUAAAGUUUUACCAACAAAAGUCCAGUGUGGACAGAGCUUGAGAAGAGAAUUUGCCUUGCUGACCAGGCCAAGGGAGGAUGACCAACUAGCUUAAAACACCUGUCACUUUCCUGUAUGUUUCAAAGGCGUGAGGAUAAAGGAAUUGUUAGAUUAGUACAAUAAAAAAGAACGGGAUUUAAAAUUGCA